UUAUGUUUAGUUUUAAGUUCUGUUUACAAUUUAUGGUGUUUAUUAAUAACUAAUUUUAUGUUUUAUGUGCCUGUUUAUGUUAUUGCCUCUAUGACUAUUUUCUGUUUGAGUGUUUGUUUUGUUUGUUCAGUUUGUUUAUAUUUGUUUUUUAUCACCCCUAAUGUGUGGUACUUUUGCCCUCGUGUGAUGGCCAUUUUGAGACGUUCUGUCUGCAAUGGUACCGACGAUAGUGGGAGUCCAUUCAUUGGACUUUGUACCUAUUUAUAUGUGUCGUGCCCACCACAGAAGUUUAACAACUGUUGGGGGGCAUGUAACAAAUUAAAAAUGAAUAAAUAAAUAAAUAAAUAAAAUAAAUUAUCAUCAUAGUAUUUCAGUAAAUUUUGUUAAACUGUUGAAGAGUCUCACUGCACAUGUGAUGUUAAGUGCCGUCUGUCAACUUCAGCUUUUAAAAUAUUUCAAUUCAACGGGAACAGUAUGAGUGAAAUGACAAAUUUUUAUUUUCUGAUUUUCUAUGCCAUUAUUGUAUAUUUGACUCUUUCUUAGCUCUAAAGAUAUUAAUCAUUGUAAAAUUUUGUAAAAUUAUAAGGGCAGAAAAUACCUAGAGAAAUAAAUUUAAAGUUGACUCACCCCUUAAAAACUAAUUUGCAGUAGAAACAAAAGGGGGGAGGGGGGAUCAGCUAUUUUUAUGAAAGCACUACGUAACCAAAAUUGAAAAUUGUACCACAUGUUUUUAACCUUUACAUUAUUUUAUGAUGAAAAAUCCCAGUAAGACAUUUAAUGAUCACACGUAACAUUCAUUUAAGAUGUUUUUUUUUUGGCAGUACCAUUGCUGGCGUUUGUCAUCAGAAAUAUAUAUAAAAAAAUAGUUAUAAACACACAGAAAACAAUCAAUCUUUCCAUUGCAAGAACAAUUUAAAUAAUGUACAAGUAAGUUUCAUUAUGCAGUUAGCAUUACUCACAAUAAGAAGAUUCCAUCCCAAAAAAGUGUCAGAACCAAAUGUAAAAUAACUUAGUAAGAGAAUGCCAUCACAUAAAUCCUGGCCUUUUCCUUUCACUAUUCAAGAGAGCAAAGCAUGGGACAUGAUAUCUGUAGUACUUACCACAGAUGAGUAGCAUUCUGAACGUCACUUUGAUACUUCCUGUUUAAUAGAAGUACAGUAAACCUAUUUUAACUCAGUUUCAAAAUGUUGGACUUAUACUAUAUCCUAAUUCCUAAAUAAUAAGUUAAUAAAGUUUACUACUUGACCUUUUAAUACACCAUUACCACCAUUACCCUUUUAAUAAGUCUAAAUUUUUAAGUACUUUGAAAAACUUCUUAACUGGAAUUUACGGUAGUGGUAAUCCCUUGGUGAUUGAGUUAAAAUUAUUAAAUUAGAAACUCUCAGUUUUAAAUAUUUUUUCAGCAUAGAUAUUUGUAAAGAUGUUUUUGAAAGAAUCUUAAUUUUGUUUGAGCAAUUAUUUAUAUAUCGACAUUAUGAGCACAACUUCUUUAUCAAGGAAGAAUAUGUAUGUUGUGUCAGUAUUAGUAACACGUUUUCCACCCAAAUGCUUGGCAAACACGUGAAGGAAGUACUGACGUAAACAGUACAGUAAUGCCAGGAAACAUUCAAGCAUUGGGGAGACGUAAGCAGUAAGCCGACCUUCCCCUUUGGCCCUGUUCUGCGCAAGUUGGAUCUUCCUGCCGUAGUUGGGCUAAUGAGCUUAGUUUGUGUGAUCCAGUUAGCGUGAGUAAUAGCUUUAACAGAGACCUCACAAGUGCUCUCUCGUGAUGCCAGGGUGUAUAAAACUGCCAGGGAGUGUGGGCUCGACACGUAGACCGCUUUUAGCUAGAGCCGAAAACCUUUUCCGUUUGUGUUCAAGAUGGGUGUCAACUUCAAAGUUUUCAAAAAGUGCUCUCCCAACGGGAAGAUCACUGUGUAUCUCGGCAAACGAGAUUUUGUGGACCACAUCACCGGCAUAGAACCAAUAGAUGGCGUGGUGCUGCUGGAAGACGAGUACCUCCGGGAGCGCAAGGUGUUCGGGCAGGUGGUGUGCAGCUUCCGGUACGGCCGCGAGGAGGACGAGGUGAUGGGGCUCAACUUCCAGAAGGAGCUGUUCCUGGUGUCGGAGCAGGUGUACCCGCCGCCCGAGAAGAGCGAGCAGAACCUCACCAAGCUGCAGGAGCGGCUGAUGAAGAAGCUGGGCCCCAACGCCUUCCCCUUCACCUUCGUGCUGCCCCCCAACGCUCCCGCCUCCGUCAUCCUGCAGCCCGGCCCCGAGGACGAGGGCGAGCCCUGCGGCGUGCAGUAUUACGUCAAGAUGUUCGCCGGCGACAGCGACUCGGACCGCACCCACAAGAGGAGCACCAUCACCCUGGGCUUCCGCAAAGUGCAGUACGCGCCGUCCAAGUCGGGCCGCCAGCCCUGCACCGUGGUACGCAAGGACUUCCUGCUGAGUCCCGGGGAGCUGGAGCUGGAAGCUACGCUUGACAAGCAGGUGUACCACCACGGGGAGAAGAUAGCUGUGAACAUCUGCAUCCGCAACAACAGCAACAAGGUGGUGAAGAAGAUAAAGGCGAUGGUGCAACAGGGCGUGGACGUGGUCCUGUUCCAGAACGGCCAGUACCGCAGUUCCGUCGCCAGCCUCGAGACACAGGAAGGCUGCCCCAUCCAGCCCGGCUCGACCCUGCAGAAGGUCAUGUACCUGGUGCCGACCCUGGACUCCAACAAGGACCGACGUGGCAUCGCACUGGACGGCCAGCUGAAGAACCAGAGCACCAACCUGGCGUCUUCCACUCUGCUGGCAUCACCUGACCAGCGGGAUGCUUUUGGCAUUGUGGUGUCGUACGCCGUGAAAGUAAAACUGUACCUGGGUGCGCUGGGCGGAGAGCUCACCGCAGAACUGCCUCUUGUGUUGAUGCACCCCAAGCCGACAAAAGGCAAGGUUAUCCAUGCAGACAGCCAGGCUGACGUAGAAAUGUUUCGCCAGGACACCGUAGAUCAAGAGGCUGAGAAAUGUUGAAGGGCAUAAAUUAAAAUGUGUGAUGCCACAACUCUAUUGGGUGUUAUUUAUCCUAAUGUAUGAAAUACUUAUAAAAGUAAUAAAUUGAGGCUAAACUAAGCAA